GAAAAUGCCAAACUAUUUUCAUCACCCAUACGAGAAAACAAUUCAUUAUCCAAAUCCAAAUAUUCCCUAUCAAAACAAUCACUAUUAUCAAACUCCAAAGAACAAUCCACCAUGCCUGCCACGCCUUCUGCUGGUUUCCCACGGGUUUAGCAUACUCCCCAAUAACAAAUAUGCAACCAUCCUUCUUACCCCUGUCUAGCACUUCCCCCGUUAUCUGAUCCUACACAACACAACCGUGAUUAUGGAACUUAACCUCACAUCCAUCCUCAAUCAACUGACCCACAGUAACUGCGGUGCCCACACCACGAGUAGAUAGUUUAGCCCCUUAAGCCAAUUGUAAGGACAUCGUGUGACCAUUGUGCAACAAUGAGAAGUGAUUACAAGCAUUAAUCAUGUGAUUCAAAGCAAUAGAAUUGAGUAACCAACAUGGAAUAGUGCCUGACACACCACCAAUAGUAAAGGCAGAUGGGAGAGCAGAUGGGAGAACAUCUUGUAACUCCUCAGCCACUAGUCGACAUACAUAAGCAGAAGUGAAACCACUAGAGGAGGGAUCAUGAGUAGAGGCGAUUGUAGAAGAAGCAUGCAAAGCAGGAGCUAUGGCAAAACCAGAACCCACCAAGUCAGAUGACCAAGCCAAACCCUCGAGCAACAGAUGAUUAACCGACUUUAUUUCGGCAAGCUAGGGCCUUGCAGUAAAAAAUAAUGUGUCUAUCCUUCUUACAAUUGCCGAAAAUGUUAUGUUUUGGGCAAUGUGGCUGAAUGUGACCCACCUCAUGACAAACAUGUUAGGUUAAAGGACUAGCAUCCCCAUGCUGAAACUGAGGUUUAUUACCUCCAGAGCGACCUACAACAAAGGCUGAAUUAGAGUGACCAUCCAGUUUAGCUUGACUAUGAAGCCUCGUUUCCUAUCUAAUUAACGCACCCAAGGCUUUAUGAACAGUGUCCACAUUCCGAUGGAGGAGGGAGGCACGAAUAGCCUCAAAUUCAAGAUGCAGCUUGAUGAGAAACUGCACAAGACGAGUACGACUACGAUCCUUGAUCAUAGCAGCUGUAUACAGCUCAUCCAUCAACGAGGCAACCAACAUAUCCUGUUCAAUUCAAAGAUUCAUAUUAUAUUUGAUAAUAUGAACAAAUGUCGCAAAAUACCUGAGAGAAUAAGGCAAGCUCAUUCGCAAGCUCAAACUGUCACAAAAGUUGUUCUGUGAGUGAAUCCCACAGAUAUGCGACCACAUGUCAUGAGCAUAAACUAAAUGACAUAGACUAAGACUCAUAGACGUAUUAACAACAACAAGGAGUCGAGAGACCAAUUGAGCAUGGAUAGUUGCCCAAUCCUCCUGAUCUUUAGCGAGAGCAGUCUCAGCAGGGUUAGGAAUUUUACUGGUCAAGAUAGGAAGCAAGUGCUUUCUUUCCACAAAGCUUCCAAAUUGGAACUCCCAAAGAGGGAAGUUCUUCCCAUCUAGACGAACCGUGAUAAAAUCAAGCUUCCCUGUAUCCAUGAUAGAGAUCGAGCACAAGAAAAGAAGACUAGUGGCAAAAGAAAGAACCGCAACAGUAAAGGAGAGAGCAACACGAGAAAUAAAGGGGAUAUGAAAAGAGGAUUGGACUACCUGUAGAGCCGAAGGAAGACGAAGGAAUGUGAACAAAACCGCACAAGAAGAUUAGCACUUGGCAGCGGAAGGAAUGACCAAGCGGCAAGCUGCAUUUACUAAGUGGCGCCUGCAACAGCCGAGAGAGACGCGCCGUCCAGAGAAAAAAAAAAGACCCACACAAGACAAGCGGAUCACUAAUAAGACUUGAAAGAGAAGUCGAAAUAAGCAGCAGGAGCAGCGAUAAAAACCCAUGAAAUACGAUCAUUGAUCUCAUAUUGCAGGUUCGAAUACCAUGUCAAUAAAAAGAAAUCUAAAGAACACCAAUGUUUUUUUAACAUGGUAGCGUCAAUGAGACACUAGUCCAUAGUGAAGUUCUCCCUCACAGGUUUAGGUUUUCUCUUAUUACUUUAUACUCAUCAGCUUAUUUACAAGAGUAUAUCGAGGUUUGUGAACCUAAUUAUAGCCAAAAUUAGGGCUGCUAUUCGGUCGGUUUUUGGUUUAUCCGGUAAUCGACCAAUCGGUUAAUGGUAUACCGACUUCUACAAGUUAGCGAUCGACAACCGGUACCGGCGGUUAUCCGGUUAACCGGAUAACCAGAUAUGCAUUUACCGAUUAUCAAUCGGUAAUACCGCCAUACCGAGAAGCAUCGAGAAGGGGCGGAAGAGCAGCGAGAAGUUGAGAUUGACGAAGGGAGGGAGAGCGGCCAAUCCUUCGUUGUUAUCUUCAAAGUGGAUGGUGGGGCUUCAACUAGCAGCCGCUGCGGCACCCCUGAUGUUGGUGGAUUGGUGGAGGUCGACGGUGACACUUCUGAGUCUAGGUGUGGGUUAGGACUCGCUGCUGCAGCCGAGAUGGGGAGCAUUCGCGAGGAGUCAGGAGACGAGGUCAGGUGGUGGACUUCAGGCAGACAAUCAGCUGGCGGCGGCGUCUGACUCUCUCCGGCAGCGAUUCUCUCUCUCUGGUUGACUCAGUCUUCUCUGCUCUGGUUGUCUAUCUAAGUGAAGGGAAGGGAAGAACGUACAAGACAGGAGCAGUGGAGAGAACUGAGUAGGUUAACCAUCUCCGGCCUUCAUCCUUUUAUGCAAAUUUGGAUCAACAAUCUUUGCGGAGGGAGACAUCAGGCCCAGAUCUGAAAUUUACUAACCAAGCUCGAAGAUGGAGAAGAAUGGCCUCGAUUUACCCACCCUCACCGCAGCCGCAACACCUCCUCUAGACCCAUAAGCGACGAUGACGAUUUUUGGUGGGGAUUGGUCGACGACGAUGAUGCAGCCGUAUGAGGGUUAAAGAUAGAGCUUCGACUAGAGAAAAAUGGCGAGGAGAAGAUUUUUGUGACAGGGGAAAGAUGAGGAUUGGACUAGAGAAAACUUUUUAUCGUGAAGAAAAGAUGGCCGGUGGAGGAGUCUGCUGCCUAGGGGGAAGGAUUGGGUUGCGAAUGGAGAGGAGAGAAGAGGUCUUGGACUCUUGUUGAAAAUCGUGCAGCCGUGAAGGUUCCCCAAGCAGGGGAAGGGUUAUUGAAUCUCCAAACUAGGAAAGGGUUAUCGGUAUUUGGGGUAACCGGCUAACUGCAUGUAAAUUACCGAAUAAAAGCCGGUAUACCUU